GAAACGAAUCGGAAAAGGUUAGGGAAUGGCGUGCAGAACGGUAUUCCCGUCGGCGUUCGUGACGGAGGCGUGGAGACCUCUUCAUCGAAAUGGGAUUCUCAGUUCUCUUUCAUUCAAGAGCCAUGGAUUCUCUUCCCCUAAAAAGUUGAACUGUGGAUGUUAUGGGAAAGUUAGGGCUCGGGAUGUUCACGUUUCCAAGAGAACUAGGCUUAAUUGCUCCCACAAUGAAACUCCGGCGUCCUCCCCAGAGGAUGACAACGAUCAAGGUCCGCCUCAAGAGGCCGUACUCAAAGCAAUUUCAGAGGUGUCAAAGACGGAAGGCAGGGUUGGACAAACCACAAAUGUGGUUAUUGGAGGUACUGUGACAGAUGAUUCUACUAAUGAAUGGCUUGCUCUGGAUCAGAAGGUCAACUCCUACCCAACAGUUAGAGGAUUUACAGCAAUUGGAACUGGUGGUGAUGAUUUUGUUCAAGCUAUGGUUGUUGCCGUUGAGUCUGUGAUUCAACAGCCAAUACCUGAGGGUCGUGUUAGGCAGAAAGUUUCUUCAAGGGGCAAAUAUGUAUCAGUCAACAUAGGUCCUGUUCAAGUUGUUUCCAGUGAACAGGUUCAAGCUGUAUACAAUGCUAUGAGGAGAGAUGAUCGAAUGAAAUACUUUUUGUAGUGCGAUUCUCAUUCAUGUUUUGUAUAGAAUGUUGUCCAUGGCGGCACAAUUGCUGUUUAGUGCUUCUGCAACCCUCUUUCUCGUCCUUAACCAGUCUUGUUUAUGUUCUUUGAUUAACCCAAGGCUCUAUUGUAGGCAAAGAAGAAAACAUUGCUUCAAGUUUCUAUCUUCUCAAUUUGAGAUGUGCUAUUUCUUAAUCUGAUCAUUCUGAAACUAGCUAGGAAACAACGUUUUCCCAUCAAAUUUCCCUUCUCUACAUGACACGAUAAAAAUUUUGGUAGGUUUCAUUUGUUGCUUUGACAUAUGAUCUUGUUAUGGAGGUAGUUUAGUAGUUGGCAAUUUUGCGAAGAUGCUGUUUAAACUUUAAACAAUAUUACAAGUGUAAAAUUUAUAUGAAAUGGUCCCUCUUCCUCUCCGCACGUAAUGUGAUUAAUAUUGAGAAAUCCUUCUAAAUCAUAAAAACCCCAAUAUUUCUGUGGUCUCAACCAGGUUUUCAGAGCUUUGGCCUGACUGGUUUUACAGGUAUUUGUAAAUCACAACAUCGACCAAUUGUGUUUUGAUUAUGUCAUGAAUCAUAAUUAGAGUCAUUAAUAUAAAACGCCCAUAUGCAUUAAUUAGAUUCGGAACCAAUAAUUGAAUGGUGCUUUC